CCGCGCACCUGGAUAGUUGCCCUGGCAGCGGGGCCUUGCUUGCGUGGCCGAAGCUCACAAUCGGCCAGUGUCGCCGGCUCCCACCCCGCCCCCUGCGCUCACCUGGCCGCGCGCUCGCCCUCGGCGGAUCCGGGGUCCAUGGACGCACACCCCCCCUUCCCUGCUGCCCCGCGCGCCUGCUCGCCUGCUCUGCCCACCGGGACACCAUUGACGGCAGGGCGCCCAAGCCGGGCUCCGGGAGCCCGAGGUCGCGGCUGGGACCCGCGCCGGGCGGCAGAGAAGCAGAACCGGCGGCCGCAGGCCGAGGCGCGCCGGUGCCCGGACAUCCGCGGCUCCUGAUCGUGCCGGCGACCAAGAGGUUUUUCUGAGACUUAAAAUCAAACGUGACAGUAAAGAACCCCCGAAAUGUAAACCUUGGCUUAUGGACGAGCUGAAACCCAGAGGUUUGAUUUAUUCAUGACGAGCCAGUGUUGAGAGACUUGGCUAAAUACUUUACAAAGCUGAUUUCAUUUCUGCUUCACACAGCCCAUGACGUGUGCACUCUUCUUAUCCCCAUCUCACAGAUGAAGAGACCAGAGGCACCAACUAGUUUUUGUUUUGGUCCACAAAGUCAUUUGCAAGAAGCUGAUCAAAUAUGGCUUUAGCAGAUAAGAGACUUGAGAACCUGCAGAUCUACAAAGUUCUUCAGUGUGUUCGGAACAAAGACAAGAAGCAGAUAGAGAAGUUGACCAGGCUCGGAUACCCUGAACUCAUCAAUUUCACAGACCCAGUCAAUGGAAACAGUCCUCUGCACCUAGCCUCCGUUUCCAAUGACAUCGAUAUGGUCAGCUUUCUCCUGAGCCUUGGUGCUCACCCUGAUGUGCAAGAUGGAAUGGGCUGUACUCCGACAAUGAGGGCUGCAGAACUGGGCCACGAAUUGUCCAUGGAAAUAUUAGCCAAGGCAAAGGCCGAUAUGACUAUUGUCGAUAACGAAGGAAAAGGUAUUUUGUUUUACUGCAUUUUACCUACUAAGCGGCACCAUCGCUGUGCACUGAUUGCCUUGGAACACGGUGCAGAUGUCAACAAUUGUACCUAUGAAGGGAAGCCAAUAUUCCUUAGAGCUUGCGAAGAAGCACAUGAUGUUAAAGACGUGUGCCUGACGUUCUUGGAAAAAGGAGCCAAUCCAAAUGCUGUCAACUCAUCCACAGGUCGCACAGCUUUAAUGGAAGCAUCAAGAGAAGGAGUGAUAGAACUAGUUCGAGGGAUAUUGGAAAGAGGAGGUGACGUGAAUGCAUUUGACAAUGACAGACAUCACGCCGUGCACUUUGCUGCCAAAGGAGGCUUUUUUGAUAUAUUGAAGCUUCUCUUUGCCUACAAUGGAGACAUGGGGCUGAUCGCAAUGAAUGGUAACACACCACUUCAUUAUGCUGCCAUGGGUGGUUUUGCAGAUUGCUGUAAAUAUAUAGCUCAGCGAGGAUGUGACCUGAAAUGGAAGAAUUUGGAGCAUAAAACGCCCAGGGCCUUGGCUAAGGAAGGCAGCUUCAAAGCAGCCAGCAAAGAAAUACGGCGGGCGGAGCGCAUCGCUAAUAAACUGGCCCCGCCAGGAGCCAAAAAUCCGAAUCCACGCUUGUACCUGAGACUUCACGAUUGGUCAAUCGAACAUGAGACCUUCCUUCGGGAAGCAUUUUCAUUUGUGGACAGGGGUGAUGGGACCGUCACCAAGGAAGACUUUGUGCUGGCACUGGAGGAGAGGCAAGAUUUUGUGAACUCAGAACAUCUAGCUACCAUAGCUCAACUUCACGAAAAAGUCCGGGGCGGAGGAGUCAACAUUAACGAUUUCUUUAAAGGAACCAAAUACUUAAGCAAGUCGUACGUCUUGGGAUCCUAUGGGCCUAAGAAAAAGAAAAGAGGGAUGGCCAAAAAAGCCAAAAAAGGCAAGUUUGUUUUACCCCUCCCGGUCUGCAUUAUCCCUGACUACGUGUUUCCACGCCGGAGUGACGGUGGGCCACCCUGUUACAUGAUCCAAACCUACAAGAAUGUAACGGAUUGCAAUCGCUUUAACCGAGAUGAUCCCCCAGAACAUCCCAUUCAGGAUGACUCUGCUUGGUACAUUGAUGAGCCAGGGAAGGUCUUUACAAACAUUAAUUUUAUCACCAAGGCGGGAGACCUGGCUUCUCUGAAAAAGGCGUUUGAAUCAGGAAUACCUGUGGAUGUGAAGGAUACUUACUACAAGACACCCCUCAUGACCGCCUGUGCCAGCGGAAACAUGGACGCGGUCAAGUUUCUUCUUGAAAAAGGGGCUAACGUCAAUGCAACGGAUAAUUUUCUGUGGACUCCGCUUCAUUUUGCAUGCCAUGCUGGCCAGCAAGAUAUUGUUGAGCUUCUUGUUAAAUCUGGAGCCAUGGUAGAUGCCCUUUCAAUCAACAACUCAACUCCCUUAAGUAGAGCCAUUGAGAGCUGUAGACUGGAUACUGUAAAAUAUCUACUUGAUAUCGGUGCUAAAUUCCAGCUGGAGAAUAGAAAAGGGCACAGAGCCAUGGAUGUUGCAAAGGCUUAUGCUGACUAUAGAAUCAUUGGUUUGAUUAAAGAAAAGCUGGAUAACUUGCCAAAACCAGCAGAAAAUCAAAAACCGAAAGGCAAGCCACCACCUAAAGUGAAGGCUGAAGGCCCUGAGAUUAAGAAAGAAGAGGAACCACUGUCAUCAAUGUAUACUAUACCAGCCAUAGUGGAGGAUAAGAAAAUGCGUAAGGAUAAUGUGGUGUAUCUCAAUUCAUUGAUUACCAGUGGUUAUACCAAGAAAGUGGAUAUCACAUUUAUUCCACGGAGGAUCUGGAGUCCUGAAGCCACGACAGCAGAGCUGAUCAGGAAGAGGGAACUACGACGGGAGCGAUUCUCAUACGAGGUAGAUUUUGAUGACUUCAUGAUGCCCUUUCAGAAGCACAUCACAGACAAAGCACAAGCAUUGGAAGCUGCCUUCAAGACCUAAAUCACAGCAGUUGCUUCUUCGGGUAAACAUUUUGCGGCCCAGGGACCAGACGUUGGAGAAAGUAGAUAUUUCCGUCAAAGCGAAAGCAAUCCACAAGUUAAGCAUUGUAACCAAGUAUUUGUUUUUGCUUUAACAACUAUAAAUAUUCUGAGCUGUCUAGAGAAGGUGUGUUUUAUUUUGCAGUGAAUUGCAUGUCAUUCUGGAUAAAUCCCCCACUUUUCCUCAGGAAUGUAGUAGAAUAAAUGGCAUUUUUGGUUAUAAGCAUAGUGUCACUGUCAAAGAAUUUACAAGAUGUACACCAUUAUGCUUGUUAAAGAUAUCAUUUCAGUGAAAAUGGAUGAAAACAAUUUAAUUAGGGAACAGAAGUUGUUUUUAAUCCAUUAAGGAAGGAGUUUUCUUCUCACACAUAAUCGUAAGUGAUACGAAUUAGAUACUUUGGGUCAAAUAAACAUUGAUACCUCUAAUAGACACUGUUGGCACUUCUCCCAUUUCUUCUCUGCUUUGAGACUGUAGCACUCUCAGGCCUGACUUCCGGAUGCUAUAAGGCUGCCUCUGACACUUCAACUUUUACAGUAGGGCUGAAGUGCAUGAGAAUUAGCACUUCUUUGGAAGCAGCCCUCCACCAAUGACUGAACAGAUUCAGUGUAUCAACACUCUAGCUCCCUCACAAUUCUGGUGGGAUUAUUCUGAAGAGCACAUUCUCAUGACACUAGAGCUCCCCGGAGAGAUGAAGAUCAAGUCGCCCACAGUGGUUAUCACAUCACCACAUUAAACACCCUUCACUGGCUACCUUCCCUUCCCUGUCCCCUCACUUUUCCCCAUGCCUUCUGAUCUUUGUUGAGAUCACCUCCCAAAUACUUACGCUGAAAUCCUUGUCUAAGGUUGCUUCUGGAAGGACAAAAACUAAGAUGAUAUCUAUGGGAUUAGCUAUGAUUCUGAGU